AUGCUUGAACUGACUACGACUAUGACUACGUAUCAUCAAGUUCCAUUAACAACUCUACCAGUUGAAACCAAUAAGAAGGUGAACAACCAAUACCAGAAUCAUACUCCAUUAGGGUUAAGUAUUACAUCCUCAUCUACAUCGCUGUCAUCUGAUUUGGGUCUUGGCCUUGGUCAAAGUGAAUUAUUACCUGACUUAUGGCUGGGUCCAUCCCCAUCAACAUCGACCGGGUCCGAUACUUUUAAAUUCAGAAGUAACAGUGUCUGGUCAGAACAAGAAGGUAAUCAUAUCGAGUACGCUAAAUCGUUACUACCAAAUAAUUUAUUAGAUUCAAACGUCUUGCCAGCAUUAACCGAAGAAAAUUUAUUGUUCAAUACUAAUCCUACAAUACCACCACCUCAAGCAGCACCCCAAACAGCACCCCAACAAAUUCAGUAUUAUAACUACCAACCUACUUUUUCUGAUCAUUCUAACGAAGAGAUUUUCAACUUUGAACAACAGAAAACCAUUCCUCCUACAAGUCCAAAGUUAAAACAGCAACAUGUCAAUACUCAAUUGUAUAAAACUGAAUUAUGUGCAUCAUUUAUGAAAAUGGGAUUAUGUCCUUAUGGUAAUAAAUGCCAAUUUGCUCACGGCGAAAACGAGUUGAAAUUAGUGGAAAGACCCCCUAAAUGGAGGUCAAAACCUUGUGCUAACUGGUCAAAAUUCGGUAGUUGCCGUUAUGGUAAUAGAUGUUGUUUCAAACAUGGCGAUUAA